AUGACAUCGCACCCCUCCGAAUCCCAUCACGCCGCACGGCACCGGGCUCUCGCCCCCUGGCGUCACGUCCGGCGGUGCGCUCCGACGGGCGGCUCGGGCUGCGCCGCUUCCGCCCCCUUUGUCUGCGCCCCCCCGCCCCAAAAUCCCCUCACCCCCCCCCCCCGUCCCCUAACCCCCCCACUUUACCUCCCCCCACCCCAAAAAUGGCCCAAUUCAAGCGGCAGCCGCCUCCCCCCCGCCCCCCAGGGGGCCCCUUCCCAGGGCCCCCCCCACUCGUCCUCCUUGCUGGGGCCACCUCCGGGCCUGCUGACCCCCCCGGUGCCCGCCGAGCUGCUGCAGGGCGCGCGGCACCUGCAGGUGGGCGAGAAGCAGCGCGUCUUCAUCGGGGUCGUCAGCAGCCUGCACGACUACUUCGGGGUGGUGGACGAGGAGGUCUUCUUCCAGCUCAGCGUGGUGAAGGGCCGGGUGCCACAGAUCGGGGAGAAGGUGCUGGUGAAAGCCGCCUACAGCCCCGGGCAGGCGGUGCCAUGGAACGCGCUCAAGGUGCAGACGCUCUCCAACCAGCCUCUGCUGAAAGCCCCGGCCCCGCUCCUGCACGCGGCGUCCCUGGGGCAGAAGCAGGGCAUCCUCGGCGCCCAGCCGCAGCUGCUCUUCCAGCCUCACCGCGCCCCGCCGCUCUGCCCGCAGAAACCAGUGAACUUCUUCCCGUGGCCCCCGUCCAUUCCCCUGAGCCACCUGGGGAGGCAGCCGGGGCGAGGAGCGAAGGGCAGGAGCGACGCGGGCAGACGGGACGACUCGGACUCCAAGAAGAGGAAGCAGAAAGGCGCCGAGCCCUGGGCAGCGAAGAAGCCGCGCCACGACGUGCCGCAGUACCGCGUCCACCUGGCGCCCUACGCCCCGGACAGCCCCUCCUGCGAUGCCAUGGAGGUCCUGCGGCGCUACUGCAGCAUCCCGCUGCCCGGAGGCUUCUACGACAUCCGCCUGCGCUGGCUGGACGCCUUCCCUCUCGAGCAGCCCCUGAGCCUCCGGCACCGCAGCCGCAUCCUGGUGGCUGACCCCGACGAGGUGCCGGAGCCCCAGGGGGGUGCUGAGCAGGACCCCGCUCCCCACGACGCCGAUUCUGCCUUCAGCGCCAAGGUGCUGCUUCUGUCCUCCCCGGGCCUGGAGGAGUUUUACCGUACCUGUCUGCUGUGCGUCGACGAGGCCGGUGAGCAAAGGGAGGCUCCCGAGCACCCGACAAAGCAGAUCAAGUUCCUGCUGGGGAGGAAGGAAGACGAAGCCGUGCUCAUCGGGGGGGAAUGGUCCCCGUCGCUGGACGGCCCCGACCCCGAGGCCGACCCCGUGGUGCUGGUCCACACGGCCGUGCGCUGCGCCAGGGCGCAGGUGGGGCUGGACCUGAGCGGCUGCACCAAGUGGGUGCGCUUUGCCGAGUUCAGGUACCUGCGGGAGGGCGAUGCGUCCCGCCGGGAGGUGGUGGUGGUCUUCCUGCCGGACGUCUGGGGCUGCAUGCCGUCCCUGGAGGAGUGGGAAACCUCCGGCCAGCUCAGGGAGGAGAAGGGGACCUCGCUGCCUCCAUCGCCGGAGGACACCGCGAUGAUGGAGGCCCCCGAGCAGCACACGGACCCCACCGACCCCUCGCUGGAGCCUGAAGCAGCCGAGCCCGAAGCCCCCUCUGCCCCCAGGGACCUGGCCCUCAUCGCCCGUCCCCCCUCCGCUGGGCAGCACGGGCAGGCCGCCUGCUCCAACAUCUCCCUCUACACCCUGCUGGAGUACAGGAGGCGGCGGGAGAAGCUCUCCUUCGAGGUGGCCGUGGUGGCCGAGCUCUUCCAGGAGAUGCUGCAGCGGGAUUUCGGCUACAAGCUCUACAAGGCGCUGCUGGCCCUGCCCGAGAAGGACGAGCUGCUGGAGAACAAGGACCCGGAGGCAGAAAGGGCGCCCAAGGCGGCGGGGGAGGUGGCUCCGGGGGCUGCCAGGGCUGAGGAGGAGGCUGAGCAGCACCCUCCAAAAGAGGAAGCUGAGGAGCCCGUGGGCAACGAGGUGGCCACGGCAGGCGAGCAGCAGGAGAGGUCUAAAACCGAGGGCAGAGCAGAGCCCAAGGACUCUCCGGAUGAGCUGUGCGUGCUGAGCCUGGAAGGCAGCCUGCUGCUGCUCCGGGAGGAGGAAGAGGAGGAGUUGGGUGCCAAGCUGGAAGAGGCCGAGGUGCGCUCCGACGCCUCCAACCACUCGGAGCUGGAGCUCUCCUCGCUCCAGGACGUGCCCAAGGAGCUGCACCCGAGCGCUGCCCUGCCCCUGGAUGCCCUCCUGGCCUUCGUCUACUUCGACUUGAAUUUCUGCGGCUACCUCCACCGCAGGGACCUGGAGAAGAUCCUCCUGACGCUGGGGCUGCGCCUCUGCAAGGAGCAGGCGAAGCGCCUGGUGAACCGGGUGGUGACCCAGUCCCUGUGCCACUACCGAAACCUUCGCUACAGCCGCCACGAGGACCCGGAGCCGCCUGGCACUGACCCCCUAACCGAGGAGGAGCCCCCAGGGAACCUUCCUCUGCUGCCUCCUGCCCCGCCGGAGGUGCCCCCGUGCCCCGACGUGGGCCUGGUGUCCCGGGGGGGCACGGUGCUCAACGUGGGGAAGCUGCUGGAGAAGGCGGAGCAGGCGGAGAGCAGCCGCCUCUACCUGGAAGGCAAAAUCCACGCGCUGGAGGCCAAGCUGGAGGAGAGCCAGCUGCGGGUGGCAGCCACCGAGGCCAGCAACCGGGCGCUGGUGACGAAGCUGCAGGACCUCCAGCGGCGCCUGGAUGAGGCAGAGGAGAGGGCGAGGGAGGCCGGGAGGCAGAAACUGCGCCUGGGGAAGCUGCUGCAGGAGAGCAGAAAGCGCCUGGCCCCCCUGCAGCUGGAGCUCCAGGCCAUCAUCGAGAAGACCAGCUCCUGCUUAGAAGAGGAACCGGCCUCCUCCAGCUGACCUCGCUGCCAAAAUGUGUCCCCCCGCGGGCGAAGGCUGUGCCCCCACGGCCGUGGGCAGGGUCCCCGUGAGCUCCCCCUGAGCCUUCCCUCGAGAGGUCGGGGCUGGUGGUGCCCCGGGCACCUGGAGCCUGGGCAGCCCUAGGAAGGGGCAGGGUUUGUGCUGAGAAAUCGUCCUCGUGUAAGGGAAACCUCGGCCGUAGGAAAUCUUGCAGCCCAGCGUGGGCGCAGGGGAGGCAGGACAGCUCCGUGCUCCAUAGCUGACCUCGUGAGUAGGGACAGAGAGCGUUUUAUUUUUAAUAGGACAGAGGGACCCCAACCAGACCCACCGGGGCCGCCCCUCGCUGUGUGGCAGCCCCCAGCCUUAGGGGUCAGCUUGGCGCUUCGUGCAAGCCCUCUAACAGCUCUCCCGAACCUGGCAGCCCCUGGGGAAGCUCCCAUCCCUGUAGGAUUUAGGGCUGGAGCUCUGCAGCCCUGGCUUGUCCCGGAGCUGUGCCCCAGGAGCUGUGUCCAGAGGGAUGCAGGGGGCAGGUGCCAGGGGUCAUGCCGCCUCUCCUCCCUGUCCUUGAGCUUGAAGACGGGUAGUAGGGCAAAGAGAAAGCCCCCACCUCAGGAUUUAAUUCAGUUUUAGACUGUAAAAAGCGGCAGCACCUUGUGUUUAACUGGAGAUCUUUCUUCUCAGAGUCCCUUUGGGUAGCAGGCCGUGGCCCUUCCAUCCCCUUUUCUCUUUCCCACCCUCUCCGGCUCUCUGCGGGCCCUCUAUACCUCUUUUACAACCCAAACCCUCAAUAAAUAUUGUCGACAUCUCGGUGUCCCCCUCCUGUCCCCAGCAGUGCUGCCUGGUGGCAGCAGAGGGCGGCAGCAGCCCGGCGCAGCGGCACCGCGGGCUGCUUUUGGGGAAAAAACUUCUGGGAAGCAUCCCUCUGCUGCAAACCAUCCCUCUGCUGCUGCUCCGGGAACCUCUGUGCCCCCUGCUCCCUGCCCCCUCUUCCCUGGAUUUGCCGUUUUUCGCCAUCAUUUCAUUUUUUCACGUUUUCAGCCCCAUGGCUUUGCUCUCCCAGCCUGGCACGGGGCCACCCAGCGCCAGGGCGAGCGAUCCUCCAGCUGCAGGGGUGGCCCCACGGAAACCAGCAGCCCCAGCACGGUGACUUUCAGCUCUUGGAUUUAAUCUGUCCCGUUCAUAAUCUCUUCCCCUUAACAGUGUUUGAUCGGGUGAGGGCUCCCCCGAGGCACUUUGCACCGUUCCUGCUGGGAACGGGUCGCAUCCAGCAAGGAACCCCUCACCCUCCGGGCAGGACGCACAGUCCUCGAAUGACCAGCUCCCAAAAAAAUGCAUCCCGUGGGAAUCUGAAUGCUUCUGCCCUCCCC